UAAAUCACUUGCAUGCUGCUAGAAUCUGUCACUGAAAUAUGGACGAUUUUGAUGAUGAAGGGGACGAUGUCUUGGCUUCUUUGUUUUAUAAUGACGUAUUACCUAAUCAGAACGAACACUCUGCAAAUGAUGUUUGUUCAAAGCCAAAAGACCAAAAUUUGCCAGUCUAUACAGAGGUUAAGAUUCCAGACUCCUUUCCAUUUCCAUUUGAGCCCUACAAUAUUCAGAAGAAUUUCAUGGCAGACCUGUAUCAAUGUCUAGAACAAGGAAAGAUUGGCAUCUUUGAGAGCCCGACAGGAACAGGCAAAUCACUUAGUCUCAUUUGCGGGGCGCUGAAGUGGCUCAAAGAUUUACAGGAGAAGCAGAGAAAAGAGUUGGAAGCUUUGACUACAGACAACAAAGAGAACACUGUCACAGACAAGGUAGACAAUACAGAACUGGACUGGGUUACUGAAUUUGUACAAAAGAAAGAGAAAGAAGAGAAGCUGAAAAAGGUUAUAAGUGAGCAUGAACUUUUAAAAAAACAAGAGUCAAAGGUUAAGGAGCGGAAGUCAAGUUUUCGUGGUAAGGUGAAGAAACGUAAGAAGAUGGAGGAUGAGUUUGAUGAAUUGAUUAAAGGUGCUGCAAGGGAAAUUCAGGAAGCGUUUAAUUCUGAGAUUGAUAAGGUCACCAGUGAUGUUGGUGUUGAUGGUCACACAGUUAAUCUAGAUGAGGAUCUAAUAGUUCAAGAUUACAAUAGUGACGAUGAAAAGCAUGAUGAGAAAUCAGACGAAGAGGAAGAGGAAUGCCACAUAACGAAGAUAUAUUACUGUAGUCGGACUCACUCACAGCUGUCUCAGUUUGUCAGGGAAGUCGUGAAGAGCCCAUAUGGAGACGACACUAGAGUUGUCUCCCUUGGAUCACGACAAAAUCUCUGUAUCAAUGAAAGUGUGAAAAAACUGAAGUCUAUUAGUCUGAUAAAUGAUGCUUGUUUAGAUAUGCAAAAAUCUAAGUCAGAGAAAAGAGAGGAGACGGGUGAGGCAAAAACCAAGCGAAGGAAAAAACGUACAGAAAAGUGUCCAUACUACCGCCAGGAAGGAAUGAAUGAGUUGAAGGAGGAGCUUCUGUUGGAAGUCAAAGAUAUGGAGCAAAUUGUUGCUAAAGGUAAGGAAAUGAAGUCCUGUCCCUUUUAUGGAACUCGGUAUGGCAUACCUCUGGCCGAAAUUGUGGCAUUACCGUAUAACCUCCUUCUCCACAAAGCCACCAGGGAAGCGUGUGGCAUCAAGCUGGAGGGCAACAUUGUUCUGAUUGAUGAAGCUCACAACCUGCUGGAGACAAUCAACAACAUACACAGCGUAGAGGUUACUGGGUCUCAGUUACUGAGGGCCCACAGUCAACUCACACAGUACGAAGACAGGUACCGAUCACGUCUGAAGGCAAAGAACCUGAUGUACAUCAGACAGAUCUUGUUUGUACUGUCAUGCCUGCUGAGAAGUAUAGGUGGAAAGGCAGGAACACCUGGGGAGAAACAGUUCACUGGCCGAGCAGAAACCAAGAUGUGUACCGCCAACAACUUUCUGUUCCAGGCAAAACUUGAUAAUUUGAACCUUUUCAAAAUACUACAGUAUUGUAAGAAAAGCAUGAUCUCUAGAAAACUGAAUGGCUUUGCAGAGAAAUAUUCAAAUGCAGAGAUUGCUCCAAAAGAGGAGACAAAAGUCACAGGAAAUGCUGGGGUGUUAAAUUUCCUCCGUGAAAUAACCAAACCAGAAAGUUCUCAGGAGGCAUCGCCAACUGUAACACCCGAGUUGAAAUCUGUAGAAAAUGUGGUGUUGAGAUCACCCCUGAUGCAUAUUGAAGGGUUUCUCCAGGCGCUUACUAAUGCAGACUCAGAUGGACGGAUUGUCGUGACAAAACAGACAAUGCUGAGUCAAUCUAGCAUGAAGUAUUUACUUCUCAACCCUGCUGUUCAUUUCUCUGAUGUUUUAAGUGCGGCACGAUCAGUAAUUGUUGCUGGAGGUACUAUGCAGCCAAUAUCAGAAUUCAAAGACCAGCUUUUUCAUUCAGCUGGUGUGCAUCCUACUCGGUUGCUUGAGUACUCCUGUGGUCAUGUGAUCCCCGAGGACAAUCUCCUCGCGCUGUCACUUGGAUCAGGACCCAGUGGAUAUCAUCUCGACUUCACCUACCAAUCAAGGGAGAGUAGAAAACUGUUAGAUGAGCUUGGUAUGUUGAUACAGAACGUGUGUCAAGUUGUUCCGGGCGGAGUCAUCUGUUUUUUCCCCUCCUACGAUUACCUCAAACUUGUUUAUAGCCAGUGGGAUGAAACGGGUUUCACACAACGAAUUGCCCGUAAGAAACGAGUAUUUCAGGAACCUCGGAAAUCUGGUCAAGUUGAUCAAGUUCUAGCUGAAUUUUCAACUUGCAUUAAGAAUAGUUCGGUUGCUGCUACAGGAGCCACAAACAGUCUGACAGGGGCCCUACUGUUCUGUGUUGUAGGAGGGAAAAUGAGCGAAGGAAUAAACUUUUCCGAUGAACUUGGAAGAUGUGUAAUAAUGGUCGGAUUGCCCUAUCCAAACAUUAACUCUCCAGAACUCAAAGAGAAAAUGAAUUACUUGAAUGCAAACUUCAAGGCAGGGGAGGAUGGUCGUCAGCCAGGACAGGUUCACUACGAGAACUUGUGUAUGAAAGCUGUUAACCAGUCUAUUGGAAGAGCCAUCCGACACAAAGGGGAUUACUCAUCUAUUUUACUGCUAGACAAACGGUACAGUCGGAAAAACGUGACUGGGAAACUGCCAACUUGGAUUGGAAAAAGUCUGCAAAACAUGGACAAAUUUGGUCAAGCAAUGUCAAGACUGUCUAAAUUUUUUGCCUCCAAGAAAGCAUCCCUGGACUAGUGGAAUGGUAUUUCGGAUUUGGCUGAAAGGAUUCUUCUGCAGUGACACUGCAACUUAAGUCUGUCAAACACUAAUUGUCCGAUACGAUUCUGUAUUAAGGGAUUUUGUGUUUUUUUAAUCUACAUUGAUCGUUGGUUAGCUAUCCUUAUGUAAACAAUCAUUGUUGUUGCUUUUUCUUGAAAAAUUCCAGAAGGAAUUUUUCUUCAAAUUUCAUAUGUAUGUAAGCGUUCCUUGGUCCUUUGUUGCCAUGUGCAAUUUGAGACUGAUGCAAGUAGGUACCGUAAGGAAAAUGUAGGACAGGUGGUCAUAUUAAGUCAUCUGACUAACUUUGUUAUUGCUAUUUCUCAGAAUGUACUGAAUAGAUUUUUGCCUGUUACCACUGGUCUCUUACUAGUAGUUUUUCAUAUUAAUUUUGAGAUCGAUCAGAAGACCAAAUGGCAGACAGUCAGCCAUCUUCGAUUUUAAAAUUUUUCUCAGAAAGUUUCAAGUCAGAUUUCAUUUGAAGGUUCCCAUUGGUCGUUUAUUGCAAGCUUCGUUUCAUCUGAUAUGAUGAUUUUCAUCUUGAUUUCAAGACUGAUAUAAAAACAAAAUGGAGGAUAGCUAUGAAGGUGGCCAUCUUGGAUUUCAUUAGUUGUUAUCAAUUUUUCUCAUAUCUAUCUUACAUUUGUUUGUUUGUUUGUUUUUGUUUAAUGUCCUAUUAACAGCCAGGGUCAUUUAAGGACGUGCCAGGUUUUGUAUCUAUCUAUCUUAUAUGGUUAUCUAUCUUACAUGUACAUUGUACCCGACUAGAUAAGCCAAUGGUGGUUACUAAAAUCCCUCCGGUUUUUAUUCCAAGGACACGAUUAAAUAUAAAAAAGACAAACGAUGGCACCUUGAUAAUAACAUGAAGGAUGAUGUUUCAUUAGAUUACCAGUACCAGAAGGAUUUUUCUCAAAGCAAAAUUUCAUAGGGAGGUCUUUGGUUUUGAGACUGACAAUUCAGUUAUUUCAAGCUGUGUAAAUGGACUCACAAGUUGUUUUUGGCUAGGUACACAUGUUCUUAAAACCUUUAAUAGUUAGCCAUACUGAACAGGCUGCUUAACACAUGCCCACUCUUCUAUAGAAAUGUGUGACAAUUUUUUACCUCAGAUGACAAAUAUUUCACGAGAAGUAAUCAAGGAUCUUUUUUCCAAUUUCAUAUUAAAUAGUUAUUAGCUCACCUGGUCCAAAGGACCAAGGUGAGCUUAUGCCAUACCGUGGCGUCCGUCCGUCCGUCUGUCAACAAUUGACUUAUUUGACUUCUUCUUA